AUGGGAUCGUUACCUAAACCAAGGGUUACUCCUGCGAGACCUUUUCUGAAUAGUGUUGUAGAUCUAGCUGGACCCAUUGAUUUAAGAUUGUCUAAAGGACGUGGUUGUAAAACUCAAAAAGGAUAUAUUGUGAUAUUCAUUUGCAUGGUAACUCGCGCUAUCCAUAUUGAAAUUGUCACAGGCUUAACUGCUCAAGAAUUUAUAGCUUCCUUUAAAAGAUUUGUUGGUCAUAGAGGUAAAUGUAAAAACAUUUGGAGCGAUAAUGCCACUAACUUAACAGCCAGCAAUAAAGAACUCAUGUCUUCCUUCGAGAGAAGCUUUGAACAGGUUCGUAAAGAAAUUGAAGAAUUGUUAGCAAAUGAUGGUACAACUUGGCAUCACAUACCGGCCGCUGCUCCUCAUUUUGGUGGAUUGUGA